GUCAGGCAGUCUGGUGUGGCUCCUGGUGUGCAGAGCGAAGUGACGAGUUCUGGAACUGGAAGGGCCGUGAGUGGGCCCAGUGCAGCUUCACUGAGAGCAGCGGCUGGAGGACGCGGGAUCUGCAGGUACUGUGGGUUCUGGAUAUGUCACGGCGGGGUCUGAACCUCAAAGAGAAGCACCUGUCAUGGAGGCUCCUCUGCUGUAUCCUGGAGAAGAUGGCAGUGCGCGGCCGACGAGCCCUCUUCCACAGCGGAAGUGAAGAGACAGAUGCAGUCGUAGCUGCUUCGAAUGAGGUACCUAUGAAAGCCGCAGGGAUGCCACUAGCCAUCCCCGAAGGCGAGUCCCAAUUCCCCGCCGGGUUCUUCAAGAAACCCAUUCGAAGCCAUGCUUACAGGGAUGGUCCAGUUGCAGAAUGUGGACCAGAGGUUGUGCGACCGGGAGUCACGGAGCUGGUGAAGCUUCCUCUCCCAACGUUGGAAGGAGGAGUUGCUGAGCGUGCAGAGGCUUUAAGGCAGGACCUGGAAGCGAUGGAUGACGAGGCUUUCGGACUUAGGCAACGUCUGGGGACAGCACGACUUCGGGCCAUGCAGACCAACACCAGCGAGCGGCCAACACCGCAGCAGGCGAUCCAAGUGGAAGUGGUGGCUCUGAGACGUGAGCAGGCGCUGCAGCUCAUACGCGAGCUUGAGGCGACCACAGGCCUGCGUUUUGAUGACGCAUUGGACGCCUUAGUUGCCGGUGGCUCCUACGAAGCAGCGCUGGCAUUUUCGAGCUUUGUGCCGUUCUUGGGUGCAGUUCCGAAGCAGGACCAGGAAGAGGUUGCAUCAGUCAUGUGCGUGGGUGUUGCCCAGGGUUUGGAGUUGGUUGUAUUGGAGGGCAAUCGUGAUGGUCUCCUGGACCCUCGUGUCUGGAAGGCGCUGUCCUGGGCGGCAUUCUCAGGCCUCACUUCCAGCUUGCAGACAAGGGUUGAAGAUGAUACUCUGUUGGGAGUUAUGCCGAUGUGGUUGUGGACCUUAGCAUCCAUUGCCAAGAAGGAGGGUGAGGAGCCCACCGCAGUGAAGGUUGUGGAGGCUGUGGAAAGCGGUCACACUAGGGAAAGCGAGUCAGUGAAGCCCACCUGUGUUUCAGAAGAGCAGCAGCUUCUAAGAGCUGUAGAUGAGGAUCAGCGCGCUGAGGGUGACUCAGGUUUGGGCUUACAGCACCGUCGGGUCAAAUGCCCAACCAUGUACGCAUUGGCGUUUGAUCUAGCCGGGCCCUUCAAGGAGCUUGGCAGGGAUGAUCGUGGGGGAAAAUACAAGUACGUGCUUGUGGCAGGUCUUCGUGUUCCAGACGCUGCAUUGCCUUCACCAAGGGAUGACAAGGUUGAUCCAAAGGUUGAGGCGCAGGUGCCAGGUGCCCAGGUUGAGGUAAGGAAUGCCGAUGAGCAUGAUGAUGAUGCUGCGUCGGAAGCCAGUUGGCUGAGGGAACAGCUAGAACCAAAGCCCUCAGUGAUGAGGGUUGGCGAGGAGAAUGACUCUUCUCAGGAGGAGGACGCCCAGUCUGACGCAAGCUGGUUCGAA